UUUUCAGAUGCCUGCAAUUCGCUAACGCGUUGUUCACAUUACAAAAAAGAAGAGGACGCUGAUUAUUUUUAUCAUUGAUUCGAUUUUUAAAUCAGCAAAACAAGAAAAAUAGCCGAAUAAGGAGCUUGCGCGUGCCCGAAAAGUGUGGGCGAAUUGCAGAAGAGCAAGCACAUCAUAACCAGUCGUCGUGGAACCGUGGCAAUGCAGCAAAACAAUGCGGCUUCUGGCGGGGAUGCCCUGCUCCCAUUGCGCGCCUGCAGCACCGCGGGCUGCAAAGUGGCCACCGUGGUGGAGAAGACGAAGAGGAAGUGCUCCCAGUUCGUGUCCGCACCGUACAUAAUGCCCAAGCCACUGGUCGUCAAUGGGCACACAUCGAUCUUUCAAGUGGGCGGCGAGAUGGCCAAGAUGGGCGACAUACCGGCGCUCUCGAAAAUGAGCGGCGGUGAUGGUGGACAGCUCAUAUACCGGAUAAAGCCGGGCACCCAUGCCCAUGUCAUCAACUAUGUGCUCAUCGACGAGGGCUCCGAUUCGCUGGAGAAGGCCAGAUCCGGCGACCAGGAGGCCAUGCGCCUGCUGCUGGAGUCGCAGCGCGACAGCGCCGUCUCCAAGUUGCAGAAGUUGAUAGCCAACCAUAAGGCAGGUCCGCCCUCGGGCUUUGUGGCGCAUUCCUCGGUAGUGGCGUCACGGCCAGUGGCCUCCGCCUCAACGCCUGCCAGCACUUCCGUGGCCACAGGCCAUGUGACCACUCCUCAAAUCCAUCCGGACUUCUCCAUCGCCAGCGUGGAGGGUUCGGUUCCUUUUACUCGCGCAGUUCCGCCCGCCGUGGUGAAUCCUUCAGCUCUCGCUCCCGCUCCUUCCGCCCCUCCCACCGCUGUCAGCGCAGUUCAAGCCGACUCCGUGGAUCGCCUACAGGCGGAGCUCGUUGAGCUGCGGCGCACGGUGGCGCGCUUGGAGAAGAAUAGUCGCCGCUAGAUGACCGACUCCGCUUUGCGAAGGGAUACUUAGGUCCAGCCAAAAACGCUUUGGGCUACUUCAAAGCGCCCUACCCUAAAUAAAUAUAUAUUAAUUUAAAUCUAGGCAUCUGACACAUUGUUAAUUCAAAUAAAUUAUGUACUACGGUA